AUGGCUAAAAAUAAUAAAUACAUAAAAAAUCCAGCAAACAAGAUCACCCGAACAACUCGCGAGCGGCGUAUUCAUCACGUCCAGCUGGUGAAACAAGAAAUUGAAGAGCUUAAAAAAGUAGCAGCAGCAAUAUCAGCAGUAACAGCAAGAUCAGGUGCAGCAACAACAACAUCAGCUGCAGAUGUAUCACCACCGUCAAUAAUUAUGCUAGAUCAACAACAUCCACAAACAUCAUCACCACCAAUAAAUAAUAGUAAUAAUAACACCAAUAAUAAUAAUAAUAACGUAAAUAAUAAUGCAUAUAGUGUAAAUAUUAACAAUAAUAUUAAUGAUUUAAUCCAAAAUUUAAUAGAAAAUAAUAAUUUAAUUAAAAAUUUAAUUAAUAAUCAAAAUAACAUGUUAUUGAAUAUAUUAGAUGAACUAAGAACAAUGAAUACUCGUCGUGACACAUAA